AAAGAAAGACUUUAUUAAAGAUACGAAUUCUAUGGAUCAAUUUCCUUUGAGAACUAGAAAGCGCCAAUAUAAAUCUGCAAUCAAAAGAAAUAUUACCUCAUCAAAUUUCAAAAAAUCGAUUGAAAGAAUCGAUUUUAUUAAUCUCAUUCGUGAUUUUGAACAUGAAAAUUACAUAUCACCUACUGAACAUAAUCUUCAUCCUUUUGAUUGUUCAAAGUCUACAUCAAUUCCUCAUCAACACGUUCUGUCUCCUAAGCAUUGGAAUUGUUCAAAUAUAGAUUUAUUGAGAAUUUAUUUAACAAAGCAUAUGACUACUGAACUUCCCCAAUUCUGCACAUAUCCUCAUAUAUUGACUGUUCUUUGUAAAUAUAUCAAUAUUAUCCAGUUUAUCAUACAUAUGAAUGAAGAAUAUUCAAUUCAAUACAGUGAUGUAUUAGCAACAUUCAAUAUUAAUAUUUUAACAGAACUAGAAAAUGUCAUUAUUUCGAUUUAUGAAAAGUUUUUUAGGACUCAAGAUAAUUCCCACUUAGUAACUGUGUUAAUCAUUUGUGAAAAUUUAUCGAUUACAUAUGAUUGUAUAAAAUAUUGUCAACAUUCCGAUAUUGAUCUCAUUAUCAAUAAUAAUAAUUUAUUAUUAAAUUUAAAGAAAAUGUUAAUUCAAUGGUUUAUUUCAAAUGAUUCUAUUGAAUAUGUUCCUUUAAAAAUAACUAUAAUUGAUACACUUACAUAUCUUAUCUAUAUAAAUCCUCAAUAUUUCUAUAUAGACAAUCAAUGGCAUAAUGAAAUUAAUAAAUUUUUAAUGAAUUUACAAUUUACAAAUGGAUCCAAUAUUAAUGUGAAUGAUUGUAAUUGCACUAUGAAUACACAAUAUAAUAAUAAUAGUAAUAAUGAUAAUAGUAAUGGUAAUAAUAAUAAUAAUAAUGAUUAUUAUUAUAUGAGUUUGUUUCAUAAUCUUUAUAAUUUAGAUAAACAUUUAUUACAUCAUAAUAAACAAAUAAGCAAUUAUUUAAUUGUAAAUAAUAAUAAUGGAUUUCCUUAUUUUAUUGUUUUAUUAUAUUAUUUUAUAUCACAAACAAACAUUACUACAUUACUCAUUAAUAAUAAUACUAGUGCUACUACUACUAAUAAUGAUACUACUACUAUCAAUAACCUACCAAUUAUCUAUCGCUUGUUAUUAAAAUUUAUAUAUGUACAUAUAACAUCAAUUUCUUCUAUCUAUUUAUUGAAUGAUCAAUAUGUUGAAUGGAUAUUUGAUCUAUUGUUUAAAUUAUAUUACUUAAUAUCAUCACUCAUUUCGAAUCAUUCCAAUACUCCUCCUCCUCGUCCUCCUACUCUUACUAAUACUGAUAGUAAUAAUAAUAAUAAUAACAAUAAUAAUAAUAGUUAUGAUUAUUAUUAUUAUAUUAUUUAUACAUUUUUAAUGAAUUUAAUUAAGAAUCAAAAAUUGAAUUUAUUAAAACAAAUUUUAUAUCAAUUUAUAAAUGAUACAAAAUUUUAUAAAUUAAAAAUAAAAUUUUUCUAUCAAUUAUUUAAUCACUUACAAUUACAAUUGAAUAAUCAUAAUAAUACUAAUAAUAAUACUAUUAUUACUUUAAUGGAUUACAUAAUGGAUGAUGUAAUCAUUCCAAUGUUUAAUAAAAUUAUUACUAUUCUAAAGGUGAAAGAAAUCAAUUCAAUUGAUUUCAAUGAACAUGAUUUUAUAUUAGAAUGUUUCAUUAAUUUAAUUAAAAUGAAAAUUCAAUCUAUUGAUUAUAUAAAUGAUUCAAUCAUUAUAAAUAAUUGGAAAAUAUACAACGAUCUCAUUGAUAAUAUAUUAUGUAUAAAAAAUGUGAAUAAUUCAUAUUUCUUGUUAAGAUGUUUAGGUAAUAUUUUAACUGUCCAGUUGAAUUGUCUUUCAAAAGUCUCCAGUGGUCACAUUCAAUUAUCGUUAAUACAAGAAUACGAACUAUUACAAAGUCGUUUGAUGUAUUCUACAGCUGGCUUAUUUUUUAAUAUUUUAAAUGAAUCAGAAAAGUUACUACAGACAUUGAAUUCAAAGACUUUAGAAGAAAUCAUACCAAUAUGGCAAUUAUUAGCUUAUCUUAUUUUAAUUCCUCGUUCAAAUUGGUCAAAUCCACCAAUGAUAAUUAAUUUAAAUCAGAAUUCAUUUCAUCAUUCAUUAUUCAAUGUUCAAAAUUCAAACAAAUAUUCAAAAAAAUCUUUUACUGAACUUGGUAUAUCAUUUAUAAGUAAAGUCAUACAGGCAAAGUUUUAUACCAAUGAAAAAUACAAUGAUGGAAAUACUGAUGUAGUUUAUUUGCAAAAUGUCAAUAGAUUAAGUUCUUUAAUUUUACCGCCAAUGAUUGUUUUAAUUGAAAUGAUACCAAAUAUAGCGGCAUCAUUCAAUGAUGGUGAUUUAUAUGGUGAUAAUCAUAAUAAUAAAUAUAACAAUUCAAUCGAUCAGUUAUUCACUAUACUAGAAGAUGCUUUUACACAAGUACAAUUCAUUAGAACAUAUGGUUUUAAUAAUUUUUAUGAGUUCCUCGUACAUUUUAUUCAGUAUACCUUUAAUGAAAAUUCUUUUAUAAACAACAAUACAACUACUAGUAUUACCAAUAAUGAUAAUAUGAUAACAUUAUUUAGUACAAUAUUUGAGGAACGAUCCCGAUCUUCUUCAUCAGUAACUUCUGAUAAAUCGAUAAAUAAAACAUCAAAUAUUUAUACGGAUAAUAAUUAUUUCGAUCAAUCAAAUGAUACCAAUCAAAAUAAUAUAAUAUUCAAAUUUAAUCCAAAAUCAAUACGAUUAUUAAUGUUUUCAACAAGAUUAUUUAUUCGAUUAACUUUACAUAAUCUAUCAUUAUUCAAUUGUUGUCAACAUACUAAAUUAUCAUUAUCUAUUAUAAAUAAUAUAAAUGUUUCAAUCAAAUGUGAAAAUCAACUAUGGUCAAAUUGUCUAUCCAUCAUUAUCGCUAAUUAUUUUAGUAUAUUUAAAUCAUAUAUACAUGGACCACAUUCAAUAGAAGAUAAAUAUUUACAAAUUAAUAUAAAUCAUUUAAUUGAAGAGAUUUUAAAAUUAAUGAAUAAUUUAUCAAAAUGUUCAAACUAUUCACAACCACUUGGUGUAUUAAGUGUGAAAUCUGUAAAACACUUUAUGCAGCUGAUAUUGAAAGAUUUAAGACAGAUACAAAAUAUUAAAGGCAGUAAUAGUCUUAACAAAGGUAUUAACCAUAAAUACCACCUCAUGACUACUGAUUUUGAUGAUGACCUUACAGAACAGGAUAAGAAGCCUGCUAUGCUUCAUGAAAUCAAUGGUAUAUAUCCAUAUGUUACACAUCAAAUGUUCAAUUUACUCAUUGAUUGGAUUCAAACAAAUAAUGUUCUAAUGCCAACCAUAUAUACUAUUUGGCCAAAAUUAUUAAACACUCAUUUAUUAUAUAGUCAAUAUAGACAGCUACAUUAUCCUAUUCUACAAUGUAGUCAUAUGUGUUCCCAUAAUUAUUCUUAUGCAUUAGCAUUUGAAGAUAAUCAAUAUGAAAUUAAUGAUCAUCAAAUGUUAUAUAAAAAAUUAUUAAAUCAUAUUUGUCCAUUAUCAUCCAUUGUUAAUCAACAAAAUAAUCAAUCAUUUUUGUCUACUCCGUUUAAUUAUACUACUGGUAAUCAUAGUUUAGGAUUUUCGACAUGGUUUUGUUUACAUGGAAAACAAUUAAAUAAUAUGAAGGUUAAACCUAAGUUCAAUCGAUUAUCUGAAAUGGAUCUAUUUCAACAUGUGCAAUUAAAUCAUUUACAACAUUUCAUUAGUUUGGAUAUACUAUCUUCAUCCUUAUGUCACAAUAAUCAAUCUGGAUAUCAAUCAUCGGUAAAUACAACAAACACAUUACCACUUUGUUCAACUAAUCGUAGUCAUUUCUCACUUCAAAUAUGGAUAUCAUGUAUUUAUUCAUGUAUAUAUAUUCGUAUUGUUGAAACGUCAAUAAAUAAACAGAAUACAACAUUAGACUAUAAUGAAGCAUCUAUAUCAUUAGAGGGGAAUGCAAAUGAUAUUCUACUGCUUAGUGAUUUAUGCUUAGAUUUUCCUAAAGAAUGUAAUAUUUAUGAUGAAUGGAAUCAUUUAUUUUUAUAUAUUGAAUGGAUAAACUAUUUAAAUGCAAAAGUGUCACUUGUGAUCAAUGGUUGGUUUGAAUCUAUCGGUGAUCUUAUAUUGAUUAACAAAGAGUUUUCCGAUCCACAUAUAAACUGUCAACAUCAGUUUAUACCUCCUGUGAUGCGUUUUGGUCAUGUAAUUGAUGUAUGCUCUUCUUUAGAAUGUAGAAGAAAUACUUUUGAUUUAGGAAAUUUACUUUUAUUUACUGGUUUACCUUCUAGUGUGCGAAAAAUUUCUUCUUCAUCUUCUGAUUCCGUCUUGAAAUACAAAAAGAAAUCUUCAAAGCAUCAUCAUGAACAAAUGUCACAACAGUCAGAGCAUCAAAGUGAAAAUUAUUUUAACAAUUCAAUAAAAGCAAUCGCUUUAUCACUUAGCCUUUUAGGUCCAUUAUUCAAUGGGUAUUUUGAUUCACUUGAAUCAAGUGCAUACUAUCGAAAUUCAGCUGAUUGUAUACUUCAUGCAUUUAUACGUAGAUAUGCAUUAAAGGAUUCAAGAUUGAAAAGUAAUCAUCAUGAUUAUGAUUGUAUCAGUCAAUUAUUAAUGAAAGCCCAUUCUUUAAUCCAUUCAGAAUUUUGGUUAAGAUUCUUAAAAAUAUACUGUUCAGAGCAUUUAUUCAUCAUUUUGUUGAGUCAUAAUCUAACUUAUGUACAAUUCAUUUUACCAAAAUUGCUAACAUCAUUGCAUACAACUGAAUAUGAUGAAUCGUUAACAACGAAAGUGAACAAUGAUAACGUACAUGACAUAAACUUGUUAAAUUCCAAUGUUAACCAACAUUACAAAUCAUUUGAUGAAAAUACAGUACAAAUUGAUUAUGCUCAUUCCUCUAAAAAGCGAUUAUGGUUAUUAAGGAGUAUAUAUUCACCUGAUGACAAUCAAUCAAUAUCUCACUGUGUUAACUACUAUUAUCGGGAAAGUUUUGAUUCAGUUUUUGAACCUCACGGAGGUAUUGAAGUGGCAAUUUGUCUUCUUGGUGAACUUGUUUGUCAGUCACACAGUUCUAAUUUGAUUUCAUAUGGAUUAAAAUUACUCUUUACAAUGUUACGUCAUUCUAGUAUAAUGUAUGCAAAAUUUUAUGCACCAGCAUUAUCACAUCCUGGUUUAGAGAAUUCAAUGGAAAGACGACAUAAAAAAAUAUGGUUAUUGCAAAAUUGUAAUGAUCAAUUAAAUUGUAAACCUAUUCCAUUAAGUUUUGGACAUUGUCUAUUAGCUCGUCUAUUUAAACACCCAGAAUUUAAUACGAUCUCAAAUAAAUCAUAUGAAAUUAUGAAAGUUUUACUAAAUGAAAUCAUAUUGACGUUUCCUGUAAACAUUUUAUGUAACAAAUCUAUGAAAUAUACACCAUCCAUUGUACAUUUAUUGAUCAAUCCAAGUUUAUUACGUUGCCUUAUCUUGUUUAGUUCACAAUCAUUUUGGUAUCCUUCAUCGAAACAACAACAAUCUGGAUUUAGUACUCUGAAGUCAAUAAUCAAUCAUUCUAAGUCCUCAAAGAAAUCGAUUUUAUUUCAUUAUGGUUUAAUACCUGGAAUAUUUGAAUUAUUAAUGAAUACUAAUGAAUUGUCGAAUUCAACGAUAAUCAUUAUCAAAUUAUAUAAUUUGUCUCUAUUAGAUAAAUGGCAGUUAAUUAUGGCAAUGUUGACUGGAUUUCGAGAAUUAUUCCUAGAAAAUGAUAUGCAUCAUUCAAUACGAACAACUUUUAUGAAUCAUGAACAUUUAAAAUUUAUAACACAACAAUGGCCGAUUACUUCAUUGGUUAAUUGUCUGAUAAAUCGUCUUUCAUUAUCCGUAGUGACAAAUGGGUCAAGUAAAACUAGAGCAACCUUGGAAUCAAUUCAUAAACAGUCAUUGUAUAAUAAUAAUAAUAAUAAUAAUAACAAUAAUAAUAGUAAUAAUACUGAUUAUAUUCAUUCAUUUUAUUGUGCAAAACGAUUAUGUCUCUUGAAUUUAUGUCGUUUAAUUAUUAAUUUAGAUGCUAAUAUGUAUUUAUCUGCAGCUGAACAAGUAUUUUAUACUAUGUCUGAUCAUAAUAACGAUCAUGAUGACGAUGGUGAUGAUCCCGAUCAUACGAGUAAUAUUGAUCGUCAAUUAUUUAUACAUAAUAAUGAGUUAGAAACUAAAGUAUCAACAUCAACAUCACCAUUAUCCAUGUCUACAUCACAAAUAUCAUUAUCAACAUUAGAUAGUGAUUAUUUAUUUUGGAAUAAAAUUACACGAAAAUGUUUAAAUUAUGCGGAACGUUUAGAAAUUUGGGAAUACUUAUCAUUUAAUCAUAAUAAAGUGAUAACUAAUAGUGAUAACAGUACUGGUGGCAAAUGUGAACUUAAUCAAACUCCAUUUGAAAAACAUUCAUCUAAACUUUUAAUUGGUUCUUCUACAUCAUAUGAUGUAACUCGAAUAGAAACACAAAAUUUAAGUAAUACUGAAGACAAUCAAGUUAAAGCAGUAGAAAUUCAAUCUAAUCACUGUCAAUCAUUGUCAUUAUCUACUUCGAAACAACAACAAGAACAAUUGUUAAGUAAUGAAGAAUACCAAUUGAACAUGAUUGAAUCUGUAAAAUACCCUAUGGUUAUUUCAGAUUCCGGUGUAAGUAUUUCAUCUUUACCGAUUAUUAGUGGUGAUCUAAUAAAUGAAGAAAAAAAUGCGUGUAAUAAAUCUGAAGAUAAUGAAUCGAUUCCUAUGAAACGUAUUCAAGAAGAAUUAAAUAAUAACAUUGAAACUGAUUAUACUACUAAUAAAUAUAUAUUAAAUUGUGUUCAAUUACGUAUUGAACAAAAUAGUAUAUUUUCUAAACAUUUAAUUCAUUGUUUAGAUAAUGUUUGGUAUAGACGUUUCCCAAUUGAAUUAUUAUCAAAAUUUUAUUUCAAAGAUAAGCUGAAACAAAAUGUAACCAGAUCCAAUAACAAUAAUGAGAUGAAUGGAGAGAAAGAGGGGGAGGACGACGACGACGAACAGGAGCAGAAGAAUAAACGUGAAGGAUUUAUUAAUGUUUUCACAAAAAAUAUUUCACAAUCAAGUGAUUGGAAUCUAUAUAAAUUGAAAUCAAAUUAUCCUUUAUUAUUAGAUAAUGUUAAUAGUAAUUCAUUAAUUGCAUCACAUUCUUCUACUUCCAUUCGACCACCUUUAUGGUUGAUUUAUAGUUUAAUACGGCAUCCAUAUAUAUCUCAACGUGAAUGUGCUCUUACCGGUUACUGUGUUUGGUUACAUUUUGAAGCAAAUAAAUGGGUAAAAAAAUGUGAACAGUUAUCAACAAAUUUUAGUCAAUCUAUUUACUUUGAUUGGUCUAUUCCUGUACCAACAUUACAUCAUCAUCAUUAUCAUACUACUACUACGACUACUACUACACAAUUGCAUAGAAUUAUACCAUAUCAAUUAUCAAGAAUACGUUCAUUUGCUAUAGGAUUAUUAUUACCAACAUUACCAUUUUUAUGUAUAACAAAUUGUAAUUCAGAAAUCGAUUUAAAAACUUAUUAUUCUAAUCAUCAUCUAUGUUCUAAAAAAUUAUUAAAUCGUUCAUUUGGUUUAAUAUUACAUGGAUUAGAAAAAUUUUCAUUAAUGAAUACUGGUGAUAUAAUAUUGAAUGAAUAUUUGGAGAAAACUAAUUGUUUAUUAGAAUCUUCGCAUGAUAUAACUGGAUUUAUCUCUGAACCAACUUACAUUCAUCAUGCUCAUCAUCAGUGUAAUCAUCACCAUCUUAUUACCUCUGUCGAAUUUGAAAAUAUUAUUAACAAUGCAAAUAAUAAUUCCAAUGUCAAUAGAGUAAGCUAUAAUGAAUUGCCAGCUAACAAGAAUGCUACUCCCACUACCACUGCUACUACUACUACUACUACUACUACUACUACUACUACUACUACUACUACUACUACUACUACUACUACUAGUAAUAGUAAUAAUAAUAAUAACCGUUGUAAUAAUCCCAAUUUUCAUAAAUAUUAUCUAUUAUCUACAUUUCCAGUGUUAUUUUCAACAUUGAUUGGUAGUUUUAUUGAUGCAUUAUUAAGCUGUAUUGUUAAAUUAAAAAUAAUUAAUCAUAAAAAGUCAAAAUCUAAUCAGAACUAUAAUAAAGACGAUCAUCAUAAAGGAAAUCAUUGUAGUUCUUCUACUGCUACUAUCAAUAAUGAUGAUGAAACCAGUACACCAGAAAUCGAUUUAUGUACUUAUGGUUUAGAUGCUUUAAUUAUUUUAUUACAGGAUUCAGAUCAUUGUGUUCUUAGUUCUGCUAUCAAAUCGAAUUUAUUACCGGUAUUAUUCAAUAUGGCUUGGUUAUUGGAAUUUGGCAUGAAUGAAGCUAAUUUAUUAUUACAUAAUAAUAAUAGUGAUUAUAAUAACACUAAUAGAACAAAGUGUAUUAUUCCAUCUCUCUUAAUGCCCAUUUUAACUAGUUUAAGUCGUUUAAUUGGUCGUGUAAUUAGUUGGAUGAUAAUAGAUGAGAAAUUUAGUAUUGAAUUAGUUACUUUAUCUUGUCCUGUAUUUCAUUAUUCACUUGAUACCUCAUCAAGAUUUCAAUUAAUAAGAACUUUUCUGCAACAUUUAAUUUCAAUCAAACCUGAAUUAAAUAAUGAAGAUUAUGAUGGUUAUGUUGUAAAUUUGGAAUCAGAAGUACAAUUUAAUCCUGGACCAGUUAGUCGAUGUCUUGUUCGUCGAGUUUUACAUAGUCUUUUAGAAACUUCAAUUAGUCAGUUAGAUCGAAUUGGACAGGAACUUAACAAAUCAGUGGCCUUGAGUCAACAAAAUACAGGUAAACAACAAGAAAAUGAUAUACAAACAACUACUGAAGAUGGGAAUAUUAAGUAUCUCUGUGGAAAUUUAAAAUUACAUUAUAAUCAUUUAGUAUGGAUAUUAAAUUGUACUGUAAAUGUACUUAUUUAUUCACCUUAUCGAGAUGAACAAAUGAUCAAUAUCCUGAAUCAGUUAAAUUCAAUGCCUGAAAUAUACAAGAAUAAAAAUACAAGAAUACAAAGUUUUCAUGUUGAUUUAGGGGAAGAAAUUGAUAUCGAUCAAAAUAUGAAUCAAACCGGCACUACUUCUUCUACUCCUCAUCAAUAUCAUCAUGAUGUUGUUGAUAGAAAACAAACUUCAUGUGAUCUGUCGAAUUAUUGUUUCUAUCAUGACAAUAACAAGAUCUGUAGAUGUGAGAUAAUGAGAGAGAUACAUUUGUUAUUUUCAAAACAUAAGAGUUUAUUUUUAUGCAUGCAUCAAAGUUUGGAACAAGCUGUAAUCACUUCAAUGUUUACUACAGCACAACAUAUUCAGAGUGGUAAUUUAUUAAAAAUUCCGAAUAUUUCAAAUUGUAUAACAACGAAUGAUUUUAUGAAUUUAUAUAAUAAAGCACUUGGCCGAAUUCUUGUUUCACGUAUACAACUACCAGAAAUUGAUGUAGCUGUUGAUUUCUUAGUUACUUAUUUAUUAAAACUAUUUAAUGAAGACUCUUAUUUGUUGAAUUCAUGUUUAGCAACCCUACCACCAAUGUAUACCCCUACAUUUUGGAGUAAUAUAAUCACUAUAAAAUAUUGGUUAUCUCAAAAUUUAUCAAUAUGGUUAACAUAUAUAUCAUUAAAUACAUUAGAUAAUCAUCAUAAUAUAAAUCAUGAUUUAUUAUUAAACUUAACAAUUAAUAAUGAAACGAAUAUUAUAUCUAAUUGUUAUAUAAAUCAACAAUUAAAUCAAUUAUAUACAAUUAUUGAAAUGAUACUUAACAGUAAUCAUAUUAUCAGUAAUAAAUCAAUACAAACUUCACCAUCCAUAUUAUUAUCACCUUGGAUACAAGAGAAACUCAAUAAUGUUACACAAUAUGAAUUAGAUACAUAUCGUAAUGUAAUUCGAAUUGCAUAUAAAAGACUUGGUGAACAGUGGAUCUUAUCAUUGCCUGAUUUAAAUAAAUUAAUACAUCUAAAAUUAUUUACAAAUAAUAAAAGUGUAUCUAUGGUUCGUGAUAAAAAGUCAAUACUUGUUCAAUUGAUACAAAUGUUUUGGCCAAAAUCAACCAAUAACAAAUUACCGAAUAAUGAAAAUCUCUUUUCAUCAUUGAAUGUUUCAUCUAAAAAAUAUUUAGCAAGAAAAUUUUCUAUUACACAAUUGUGUAAUCAAGCACGUAAACAAUGCGUUGAUGGUCAUAAUGCAUGGUUAGAUGCUUAUAGUGAACGUAAACGUAUUGUAGGUCCAUUAGGAACUGUACUUUGGGCUCGUGUAUCUGAACAUUUAAGUCAUAGCAGAGGAUUAUUUUAUCAUUCGGAAUCUAUUCCAUUUGGUUGGUGUGUUGAUCCUGCAGAAAGUUCAUUACGUCAACAUAGUCGAUUUUAUUAUACACAUUUACCAAUGGCUGAACGUUUGAUACAUGCAAAUUCACGUUCAAAUCUAUUAUCCGCGCGUCAAUCACAUCCACUUGCUUCGUUAAUUGGUUUACCAUCAAUCAUGAAUGAUUCUCCACCUGUAGUUGGUGCAGCUUGUACAUGGCAUAAUUUACCAUUAUGUUUACCAUUAUCAUCUAUUCCAUUAAUACAACUAGCAUCAGCUAGCCGAUAUCAUAUUCAAGCUGUUUGGGCAUGUCGUUUAGUUGGUAUUCUACAUAUUCCACCUAUUGAAGGUGAUUUAAUACUUGGUCAAACAUGGUUAAGAUUUCAACCUGAUCCACUAAUGAAUAGAAAUUUAUUGAUGAAUGAUGACUGUAAUGACAGUAAAAACGUGCAAUUUAUUGAGAUUGAAUCGUUGUAUCCCUAUCAAAGUCCUUCUAAUCGAUUAUGGUUUGCAUGGUCUUUCAAAUCAAUUCAUCAUAUUGAAGCACGUCGAUAUUCAUUACGUGAUAUUGCAGUAGAAAUAUUUCCCGAUGAAACAGAUGUGAAUGCACCAAUGCUUUUUGCUAUGUAUUCUUCUAAAGACAGAGAUAAUUUUAUCGAAACUAUCACUCCUUUAAUUGGUCAUCAUUCAUGUUAUUGUAUUCAUCACUAUUAUAAUCCAUUUUUAAUGAAUACAUAUGAACAAUCUGAAAUAUUUAAUCCUCUCCCAUUGAAUCAUCAUCAUCAUUGUACUUUUAAACAAUUAAAAAAAUGUAAAUUACAAAAUGUGCAACAAGAAUGGUUAAAUGGUGAAUUAUCAAAUUUUGAUUAUUUAAUGAAAUUAAACACAAUGGCUGGUCGAAGUUAUAAUGAUUUAAUGCAAUAUCCUAUAUUUCCAUGGAUUAUACGUGAUUAUGAAAGUCUUGUGUUAGACUUAACCCAACCGACUACAUUUCGACGGUUAGACCGUCCAAUAGCUGUACAAGAAGACGAUAGAGCUGAAGCUGUAGCAGCACGAUUUAAUGAAGCCGAAUUACUUUCCAAAACAUUAUCUACAUCACAUCCAGAAGCAUUGGAAAUAAAAUCAAAAACAUCUACUUUAUCGAAUUUAAGUAAUGUUUGUCCACCAUAUCAUUAUCCAGCGCAUUGUUCAAAUGAAGCAAUUGUGUUACAUUUUCUUGUUCGUCUACCCCCAUACACUUUUCGUCAUUUACGUUUUCAAGAUAAUAAUUUCGAUGUACCCGAUCGUUUAUUUCAUUCAAUUGCAACAACAUGGCGUUUAGCCACUACUUCUGUUUCAUGUGUUAAAGAAUUAGUACCUGAAUUUUAUUUUCAACCAGAAAUGUUUAUUAAUCGAAGUGGAUUAAAAUUAGGCUGUCGACAACCAGGUGAUAGUGUAGAUAAUGUUGAAUUACCACCUUGGUGUAAAAAUGACCCACGUUUAUUCACACUAAUUUGUCGUGCUUCAUUAGAAAGUGAUUAUGUAUCAAUGAAUUUAUCACAUUGGAUUGAUUUAUCAUUUGGUUAUAAACAAUCUGGACAAAAUGCUAAAGAUUCCUUGAAUUUAUAUCAUCCAUAUACAUAUUUUGGCGCAAUCAAUGUGGAUACAAUAGACGAUCCUAUUUUAGCACAAGCUAUUGAAGCUAUGAUUAAUAAUUAUGGUCAAACACCGAAACAAUUAUUUCACAAAUAUCCUCAUCCAUGUCGUAAAUUGUCAAUUUCUAAUGAAUCCAGACUGAAUAUGACGUCAAAAUUUAAAAGUAAAUCCACUGGUACAAUGUCUAAUAUGACGAGUCAAGAUAGACGUUCUUCUACACCCGCAUUAUUUAACUGUAAUAAUAUCAAUGAUGACGAUAAGAAUUCAUUACAAGCUGCAACAUUUUCUGUAAGUGAAAAACAAUACUCAUCAGUUAAACUGAACAACACACCGUUAGAAACUGUGAUUGGAUUAAAAUGGGGUGAAUGGGCAGGUAGUCCACAGGUGAACUCUUUCGAAAUAAUUUGGAAGAAACAGUUAAUCAAUACAAAGUCAUCAGUAUCGACAACUACAAAGAAUUCACUAGAACAUUCUGAAAUAUUAAAAAUACCAUUUCUUAGUCAUUUAACGGGUUCUAUAUGGUGUGAAUUCAAUACGAAAGAUACUCAUUUACUUCAUCAUAUGAAUCAACUUAACAGUAUCUCUUCAAUAAAUAAUGAUAAAUUAUAUCAUUCUUGGAAUGGUUGGGUUGAUUUCAACAUUUAUCAUGAAAUUGGUAAAUGUCUCCUGUCAUUAUCCUCAUCAUCUCAUUCUACAGAAAUGUCAUCAUCAUCGGUCGCAACAGCUGUUCAUACCGAUUGUUCAUGGUAUUGGAAAAUUCUUCACUGUGAAUUAAAUGCAUGUAUAUGGGUAUCGUUAUUACCAGACAUUAGUAAUUUACAAGAUAAAUUGUAUCCUGUACCAUAUUUAAUAAAAUUGAAACCAUCUUUACUAGACAAUAGAACUUUAAAUAUUUUUAUAAAACGUUUACCCAAGGAAUCACAUAGUACUUGUAAUACUUCUAAUUAUCCUUAUGAUGAACCUUUUGAAACUACUGAUUCCUCUCCAUCAGAACUACAUCGUCAUCAUCAUCAACAUAAUGAUGAGAUAAACUUACAAUUACCGUAUUCAAAUCCUCUUCCAUUAGAUACUGGAAAAUCUUUAAUUACUUCAUUAACUAUUUCACCUAGUUCAAGUCAUGGUAUUCAGUUAUUUGUUGGUACCUGUUUUGGAUCAAUUUAUGUAAGACAGUUGCCUACAAAUUUAUAUGAUAUUUCAUCCGUUGACAGUUGGUUACCACAAUAUUAUCAAGGAAAAUCAUCAUUAAAUGAAAAUAAGCCAACUUGUACAGCAAAUAUUCAUAAACGAUCAAGAAAAGAAUCAACAAAACGAAACAUGAAACGUCCAAAACCUACUACUACUCCGAUGAAUCCUACUCAAAAUCUUAAUAAUUCUAUUCAUGAUGAGAAUAAUAAUAGAGAAACCGCUGGUUUAUGGGAAAUUACCGGUUGGAAACAAUUAUAUGGUCAUGCUGGACAUGAAAUAACUAUUUUAGUUAUUAAUCGUAAUAAUAGUUUAAUUGCUAGUGGUGAUAAUCAAGGUUAUGUAUGUUUAUGGGAUAGAUAUCGUUUAACAUUAAUUAAAACAAUUAAUACUAAUAUUAUGAAUGAUCAUUACUAUCAACAAAAUGAAUUAGAUGAUAGUUUAAAUAGUAGUCAAAGUCAUAAUAUCACUACUACUAAUACUACUACCGAUUAUGAUUUGAAACAACCUCGUAGACAAUGUUCUUCUAAUCAUCUUAAUAUGGAGAAUUCCAUACAUAAAAGUAAUGAAGAUAUACAAAUGAAGAAAAAGAAGACUAAUUUAAGUAGUAGUAGUAGCACUUCGACAGCUGAUUUUAUAAAUAUCAAUGAUGAUUCAGUAUUAUUGAAUAAUUUUAAACGUAUUGAUGGAAUAUGCUUCAAUUUAACAUCCGGUGAAUUAGUUGUAGCCAAAUGGAAUCAUUCCAAUUAUCAUGUCUGUUGGCUUGGUGUAUAUUCUUGUUCUGGAGUUCGGAUAGCUAAUCGUAUUUUAGAUUUUCUAGCUGAAAUAAAUGAUCCACUAAUAGAUUCACCAUUAUUACAAAUAUAUGAUGAUAAUUAUCAUCCUUUAGUUCCUAUGGCAUUUUCAACUGUAUCUGAAGGUCGAGGUGUGAAUUGUUUAUUAGUUGGUGGUCCAGGUGGUCGAUUAAUUUGGUUGAAUUCAUGGACAUUGGAUACAAUACGAACGUAUAUGCUUCCAGAUUAUGAUGAAAAUGCACGUAUAACAUCAGUUUGCUUCGGACCAUUGUUGAAUACUACUAAUAAUGUGAAUUAUCAUACAAAUUCAAAAGAUUUAGGGGAAAUUUUAUGUCAGGGACUAUAUGUCACUGUUCAAACAGGUUGUUUAUAUCAUUUUGGUCCUAAAUCUAUACAAUCAUUUACUACUAUAGAUCAACUAAAUGACGAUAAUUAUUCAUUUUAUUCAAAUAGUGAAUUAUAUAAACAUUCUAUUGUACAUUGGUUUGAUAUAUAAUGAUACAUACAACUAUGUAUUUAUUUUUACAUGAUGGUUGUUUAUAAUGAUCUUAAAGAUUUUUAUUUCAAAGGACUUUAUUUAUUUGAAAAUUUUUUUUUGAAAAAAAAUAUUUUUCAAUGGUUAAGAUCAUGAGUCGAUUGAAGCUAGACCACAAUGGAAAACCUGGAAGCGUUGGACGGCCGUUUCGUCCUACUAUGGGACUUCUCAGCAGUGCGCAUUCAUGACCUCGCCCUCUGUGAGACAUUAACACCGUUGGAUACCGGCUCAGUGGUUUAGUGGUUAAGCGCUCACGCGCGAAACUGAUAGGUCCUGGGUUGGAAUCUCGCAGGGGUCGAAGUCGUGGAUGCGCAUUGCUGAGGAGUCCCACAAUAGGACGAAACGGCCAUCCAGUGCUUCCAGGUUUUCCAUGGUGGUCUAGCUUCAACUGACUCAUGAUCUUAACCAUUGAAAUUACCAUAUUAUCCACAAAACCCAUCUGAUAUAAAUAUGUGUUUGUCUAUUGAUUGAUAAAUACACAUACGUUCUAUUGUAUCA